GUUUCUUGUGAACGCUGUGGUUUUAUUUCUCCACCAGGUUUGUUUAAUGUGCGUAAUUGGCGCCCAGGUGUUAAAUGAUUAAAUGAUUAGCAUGAAACUCGGCAGGAGUCUGAGCCCUGAGAACCACUGCAGGCUGCUAAGGUGGCGCAUGCCGGAAUGAUUAUGGUCCAGGAGCUCUUCGUCAAUAAAUGUGCAGGAAAAACGCUCAUCUUCAACCCAGCAGCCUCCUGACUCAGUCUGCCGCCGGAAAGGACAAACCCGUGCAGCUGCAGUCACCGCUGGAUCGUGUUUGGACUACAAUCAUGAAACUGCUUCAGGACUCCGAGGACGCAAAAGCCCAAAGAAAGAGUCUCAAACCUCAGGUGGAGAGACGUCGAAGAGAGAGAAUGAACCGCAGCCUGGAGAGCCUCAAGACUCUUCUGCUACAGCGACAGGAGGAGACUCAGCGCAGAGUGGAGAAAGCUGAGAUACUGGAACACACAGUCCUCUUCCUCCAGAACACUGCCAAAGGAGACGAGACGAGAGCUGGAGGUGGCGGCGGAGGCCAGAAACACUCCUUCCAAGACGGCUUCUCCACCUGCCUGCAGAGAGCCGCUCAGUUCCUGGGACCUGAGGGGAAAGGCCUGUGGCUCGGAGCAGCGCUGGACGCGUCUCUCGCUUCUCGCUUUGCCCGUUCAGACUCUGACUCCGCCAGUUCCUCCUCCAGCUCUCUGCUUCUCAGGAAGUCGUCCAGAUCUAUUCUUCGGAUGCUGAUACACCGGUCCGGACACAAACUGUGCACGCCUGCCUUAAACGUGUCCCGCUGUGUUCAGACCCGAGGAGGAUCACAUCCACAACACCACAUCACCACAACUCCCCCACAGCCCCACAAAGUGGCGAGCAGAGCCAGCAAACAGAGCCCGUCCCAGAGCCACCCGCUCAGCCAGUCUUUGUGGAGGCCGUGGCCCUGAUCUCUACAGUUUCACCACCAGGAAACUGAACUUUUACUGACUCUAACACGCUGGUUAAUAUUCAUACAACAGCGUGUGUUGUUCGUUGUCUUCCUACAAGGACAUUUUCAGUGCAAUGUAUUGAUCACAGGCCUCCUGCUUUCUGUAAAUUCUGAUGCAUUUGUAGAUACUGUAAAUUUAUUAUGAUCACAUCAUGUGCUGCUACUGUCUCUACAGGCCAAAUCGUGAUAGUUGUGUCAUUUAAGAAGUAUUUUUUUGCACCUUAAUUUAUUCUAUUUGUCAUUUUGUAAAUAAACAUAAGGAAAAAUUCACUAAACAAAGCGUAU